AUGGAAACAGAUUAUAGUCACAUGGAGCUUAGCAAUAACACAGAAAUUGGAGAUUCUGAAUUUCAAGAUUUUGAAAGAACAGAUGUAAAAGACAUGAGAUUAGAAGCUGAAGCUGUUGUGAAUGAUGUUCUUUUUGCAGUUAGCAACAUGUUUGUCUCCAAAAGCCUGCCUUGUUCAGAUGAUGUUGCGUAUAUCAAUGUGGAAACAAGAGAAAGGAACAGAUACUGCCUGGAACUCUCAGAAGCAGGGCUUAGGGUGGUGGGUUAUGCUUUUGACCAUGUGGAUGAUAACAUACAAACUCCCUACCAUGAAACAGUAUACUCUUUGUUGGAUACCCUUAGUCCAGCAUACCGAGAAGCAUUUGGAAACGCACUCCUAAGAAGACUGGAAGCUUUGAAACAAGAUGGACAGUCAUAAUUUGCUCAACAUUAUAAACUUAUCUGUUAGGCUUGCUGCUGGAAACUUUUAAAAUUUAAAACCUAGAUUCUUGCUAAUGAAUAUGAUAUAGAGUCAUUUUUCUUUUGUUUUUCAGCAUUACUGCUUGCUUCAGAUAUAAACUUCUCAAGCAGUAUUAAUAAUAAACUAUUCUUGUUACUUCGCUUCCA